AUGUCAGAUACCGAAUCAGUUAAAGUUUACGAAUUUGAUGAAAUUUCCAAACACACCACCCAUGACGAUGUCUGGGUAGUCAUCAAUGGUAAGGUCUACAAUGUAUCCAGCUACAUAGAUGAACACCCUGGUGGAGAAGAAGUUAUUUUGGAUGUUGCAGGAACUGAUGCUACUGAAGCUUUUGAAGAUAUUGGACAUUCAGAUGAAGCUCAUGAAAUCUUGGCUCGUUUACAAAUUGGUAUAUUGAAGGGAGGUAAGAUUGUUGAACAUAAAGCUAGAGAAUCAUAUGCUCAAGAAAGUUCGGGAGUUAAUGUACCUUUGGUUGCUGUUGUAUUGUUUUUGGCCAUUGCUGGUGCAUACUACUACAAGACAAACUUUUGA